AGAGAAGAAGGCUGUCAGGCUGUCUGGGUGUGAGUGAGCCCCCUCUAGUGGAGCUGCUGACGAGCUGCGCUGCCGAGUCCGUUUCUACCAUCAGCUUUUCAAGACGUUUAUGUUCCAGCGCUGAGCGGAGACCAUGUGGUGUUCAGAGCUGCUCUUCACACUGCUGUUCAUCAUCAAAGAUGCCAGCUGCCAGUGGAACGUCUGGGUACCGCGGGACAUCUCGGCCAUGACCAACUCCUGCGUGGUCAUCCCCUGCACCUUCAUGUAUCCGUCCGGCGUCAGGCCGUACCGCGGCAUUCACGGUAUCUGGUACUUCGGCCAGCCCUACCCGCAACUCUUCCCCCCGGUAGUCUUCAAAACGCGCACGGACGUCGUGCACGAGAGCUACAAGGGGCGCACCAAGCUGCUGGGCGACCUGAACCAGAGGAACUGCACUCUGCUCAUCAACAACAUCGGCACAGAGCACUCGGGGAGAUACUACUUCCGCGCUGACCUCGGUGGAGCCAACAUGUACACGUACCCAGACUUCGCUGAGCUCAAAGUUCUUGAUCAACCCAGCAUUGACGUCCCAGAGGAGAUAGUCAGCGACGAGAAUCUUGAGUUGACAUGUUACGCUCCUGACAACUGUCCUGAGAUGGUUCCGGAGAUCCAGUGGAUGUACACCGACUACCUGCCCGACCCUGAGUUCUCUACCGACUACCUGGAGGAGAGCAACACGGCCGUGCUCUCCAGCACCCUCACCUUCGUCCCCAGACCCAUGCACAACGGACAGCUGCUGGGCUGCAGGGUCUACUACCCCAACACCACGUUGGUCUACGAGAGGCUCGUCUCUCUGGACGUCAAGUACGCUCCCCGCUCGGUGUGGGUCAACGUGUCCUCGGAGGUGAUGGAGGGCAGCUCCGUGGUGCUACACUGCGAGGUGGAGAGUAACCCUGUGUCCAGGAUCUCCUGGAUGUUUGGAGACCAGGAGCUGUUGUGGGACACGGCGUCCAACAUCUCGCUCUCCCUGGAUGAUUUGACGCCAGCACAGGAGGGAAUCUACACCUGCGUAGGUGACAACGGCUAUGGGAUGAUGAAUACCUCACUGUACCUGGCUGUCAAGUACCCUCCACGUGAGCCCGUGGUGAACGACUCUAUGAUUGUGAGUGAGGGCACCACACUGGCCCUGCACUGCAGCACCCAGGGCAGCCCGGCCCCGACCCUCACCUGGCUGAAAGACGGACAACUGGUGGGCACCAUCACCGCUGACGAGCUGUCCGUGCUGGAGAUCGCGAAGAUCUCACCGCAGGGAGACGGACAGUACCGCUGCCUGGCCGAGAACGAGCACGGCCGAGCCAGCAGCUCCUUUAACAUCACUGUUGAGUAUGCCCCCGUCCUGCUGGAGGAGUCAAAGUGCACAGUGGUGAGGGAGGGUGUCCAGUGCGUCUGCAUAGCCACGGGAAACCCAGAGCCCACCAUCGAGUUCUACCUGCCCGACCUGAACAUCACCAUCAACGAAACCGACGGCCGGUUCAACUUCUACACGCACACGGACGGACACACCUCCACGGGCAUGAUCAAGCUGCGGGAGAAAGGAGAGCGGGUGGACAACGGCGGCCCGGCCGUCAACGUCCACUGCGGCUUCUACAACUCGUACGGAAGAGAGAGUGUACUUCUGGAGCUGCAGCAGGAGAAAAAGUACAUGAUGGCAGUUAUAGUUGGGACCAUCGGAGGAGUAGCGGUCAUAGCCUUCAUCAUUGCAGCAGUGAGAUACGUUGGCCACAACAACAAGAAAGAGAAUGGCAACCCUAGACAGGAAGUGGUCCUGGAGAACCCAGCGUUGUACUACAGCGCAGUCAAGAAGGACAAACAAAAUCUGAGGAAGAAAGUGCUUAAGACAGAGCUGUUGGGCUCAAAGUUUAACUCCAUUCUAGAGGAGACUACGGGAGAAGACGGGGAUUAUCAACCUGUGGGCUCUAUGGCAGGACUGGAGAAACAAGAGCUGAAUUAUGCCGCUCUGGAGUUUAUCGGAGCCAGGCCCAGGGAGGGGGCCUCAGGGAGGGGGGAUGACGGCAGCAACUACACGGAAAUAAAAGCCAAAUGAAUCGCGAUCCUUCCCUGAUCCCUCGGCUAUGCGAGACGCAGUGGCAACCCUGUAUCACACACACCCCCUGCCCCAUAAUAACUCCCCCCCCCCAGCCUCUUCUACUGGAUCUCCCCCUGCAUAUGACAACUCCUCGGUUCUCCAGAUUAGUCAGAGAUCACCUGAUGCCAGUACUCCCCACUCACGCUGCCCCUCUCCAGUGGGAUGCCCCUUCAAAUGCCACGAUUUGGGAAAAAACUUUUACUUUUCGGGUCAGAGCAGGACCCAUUGGACGAUGUAAAAUAAAUAGUGUAAAUUUCCAGCUUCAGUUGUAACAGAAGUGGCCAUGUUUUUGUUGCUUUCUCCCUCCUCAUUGUGAUCGUUGAUGUUCCUGUCAAAUGACGGCCGUCCGGGUGCUUGCCUCCAUUUCACAAUUUGCUCUAUGUGUGUCUCCUGUAACUGUCACUGUGUCUGCUGCCAGUCGAAGCAUCGGGGGAAGGAGUAACCGAGCUCUUUGUUCUCUCAUCUGUACGUGUCCAUCUGACCGAGCGCGAACCCGUCUCCUCUCUUUCCUUCGGUUGCUUACAUCCCGAGAAGAUAACCGAGUGAAGCGGGAGACGGAAACGCGUCUGGGAAUCUUUGUUUUUACAUAAUUGUAUUUAAUGUGUGCUGUGACUCAGAAGCCUCUCUUAAUAAAUGAAAGACGAAAAUGCCACCUUUCAAUUUUGAUAACAAGUGGCAAGGUUUUUGUUAAUCUAAUUCAAACACUGUCCGGUUCGGAAAUAUGUCACAGCUUUUUUUUCUUUUUCAGCAUCCAUCUGUAGAAUGUGUAAAACAAAUAUUUUGAGUUUUUCCUAUUCCGUGGCCAACGUAAAAUGUCUGUCUCACCUUAUGCUUCAUCUCCCUGAGGCUCUUAUAUUGGUCUAUCUGGAAAAAACAGACCUAAAGCACAUCAAACUUGCACGUGAGUGGCCAAGGUGUUAUCUCUUGUAGACAAUGUGUGUGUGUGCGUGUGUGUGUAUGUGUGUAUGCCUGUGUAUAUUCAUAUUGUGCUGAAAGACCAGAGGACACUGAUCUCUGAGGUCUUUGGGAAAUUCGAGCGUCACUUCACUUUGACGAGCGGAUGCUUAUUUCUCACAGGGCUGCAUCAGAUGUUUGAAUGACAAAGAGUGACGCUGACUAGCCAGCUGGUUGUGCUAUUCAACGACAUUUGAUCAGCCCACGACGUCAUGUCAAAGUUCAGUAAUAUUCUAACUCGAUAACAACGGUGUCGAAAAUAUAAUAAUAUGUUUGUUGAUAAGGAAGAAAAGAUGCAUGUAUGUACAGUAAAUUAGUUCUAAUUUAAGUAUUGAACUGGGAUGAGAAGCCAGUGUGGAAAAUUAAAAACCACACAUCAUUCAACCAGUGACUGAACACUGACUUGAUACAAGCUUAUAGAACAGAGCAGUACCCAGCCUCUAACGGAGAGCUGGGGGCGGGGGGGUGGUGGGCUUUUCUAUCAAGGGUCAUGGUAAUUUGUAUUACAUAUUUCGAGGGGCAGACUAAAUUAUCGGACACGUGUAUCACAUGAACCCCUCUAAGGCAAAAGGUGAAAGUGCCUAGGCGAAAGGUCUGACGUCAGAUGGUAGUGAUGAUGAUGAUGAUGAUGAUGAUGAUGAUGAUGAUGAUGAUGAUGCUGCUCAAAGCUGGUUUUAGACAAAACAACGUGCUCUCACAACAAAUCGUCAUGUCUGGUUCCCCCUCCUUCGAGGUCAAACGGGUCCCUUUGUUUUCAAUCAAACCACAUUUCACACAGUCAUAGGGACCAGUUCCCUAAAUGGCCUGGAUUUCCCUUUGUUGGUGAACAUUUCAUUAUUUAAAUGCUCUACGUCAAUGUUUAAGAAAGAGGGAAAAACAAUCCUCGAUUCGCCCCCAAAUCCGGAUCCUUACCAAAAA